CAGGCGCUCUCGGGCGCAGCCGCCCCCGUGGUAGCCACGGACCGGUAGGGGGAAAUGCCCUCGGCGGUUUGCUUCGCUCUGUAGAGGAGCGAUGGGGAGGCGUUGGGCCCGGCCUGAGGUAGGAGGAAGCCCAGCUGUCUCCGCUAGUGCCUGAGCCGUGAUGCGCGCGUGGGCCCUCUUCUCCGCGGUGCUCUGGUCUCUCGUAGGAGGUGGGGCUUGGCCCGCAGGCUCCUCCCCUACGUCCCACACCCCCCCUCUUCCGCGCCUCCCCUCGCCUGCUCCCUGCGGAACCCUGGGUCCUCUAAACACUAAUAAGUCAGAGGUUUUCUUUCCUCCGCAGUUGGAACGCAACGUUCUUCCUUAUUCAGUAAGAAAGGCUUUGUGUACGGCACGAUAGAACAGCCAGGUAAUAAGUGCCUCUUCUCACGCAAGGCCUGUCCCCAGAGCUGGGGAUGCCUUGCACCUGCUUAGGUUCUGCCCUGGAGGGGAAAGGGAGCGAGCCGGUGUGACGUCUGCUCUGAAUUCUGCAGCUCCGGGAGUUUGCAACAUUUCCUCCUCAAAGCAACGCUAGUCUUACGUCCCAGUCUUCAUCGAAGUUCUGGGGAUCUGAUGCCACCUCUCUUCCAAAUACUCCGGCUUUGUAAUGGGGGAAGCCACUUAGCAGGGUGGACAUCCUUCUGGAAGGCUCUUCUCUCCUUGGUGAAAAUAUACGUAAAGUUACAUCAUAAUAGCCCUGUCCUUAUUUGUAUGGAUAUUAAUCGUGCUAAUAAAGAAAUAGUGGACCCCGCCUACUUAUGGAUCGGGCCAAAUGAAAACACAUUACAAGGGAAUCGCCAAAUAAAUAUAACAAACACAGGAAAACUGGUGGUGAAAGAUUUUAUAGAGUCAUUAUCUGGACUUUACACGUGUACUCUUUCCUAUAAGACUAUCAAAGCAGAAACCCAAGAGGAAACUACAAUAAAGAAGAGAUAUGACUUUAUGAUCUUUGCCUAUCGUGAGCCUGAUUAUUCUUAUCACAUGGCUGUGCGCUUUACCACGAAAUCGUGUGUAGGAAGAUAUAAUGACCUGCUCUUUAGAGUGCUGAAGAAAAUCCUGGAUAAUUUAAUCUCUGAUUUGUUGUGCCAUGUCAUAGAACCAUCAUAUAAGUGCCAUUCUGUUAAAAUUCCGGAGGGCGACUUCGUGUAUGAGCUAUUCAUAGCCUUUCAAGUGAAUCCUUUUGCACCAGGCUGGAAAAGUGUGUGCAACAACUCUUCCGACUGUGAAGAUGCCACUAACCGUAACAUCCUCAAGGCAAGAGAUCGGAUAGAAGAGUUUUUCCGGAGCCAGGCAUACAUUUUGCACCAUCACGUUAAUAAAACUAUACCAGCGAUGCACUUUGUGGACCACAGUUUUCAAGUAGUGCGCAUAGAUAACUGUCGGCCAGGCUUUGGGAAGAACGAAGGUCUGCACACCAAUUGUGCUAGCUGUUGCGUGGUCUGUAGUCCUGGUACAUUCAGUCCUGAUGCCGAUGUCACCUGUCAGAUCUGUGUUUCUGUCCAUACCUACGGAGCUAAGUCUUGCCCAUAAACUUCAAACCCAGAGAUGAAAGCGUGGUUACUUGCCUCUGAAGGUGGAGAUAGAUUUGUUCCCAUCUGAGAGCAUCAUAGACGCCUCCAUACAGUAAGAUCAGUAAGAGCAAGACUCUGGGAACGUGCGUUUAGAACAACAGAAGAGAGCUGACAUGGCACCGCUAAGGGGUUUGAUUCAGUACCGCCUGUGUGCGAGGGGAAUUUAGUGUUAGUGGAUGCUUGAAAUGAAAUAUGUUCUGUUGUCUAUAAACUAAAACGUGCUUUGUACCUGGUAUUAAGGUCAAAAAGAGAAGUGAAGUAUAAUAAAACAUUUCUA